GUAAGCGGCGAGAGCAAGCUGCGAGACGACGCACGAGAGAAGGCAUGGUGGAUGGACCCCCCACCGCCAUUUCGGCUCAAGCCGCCCCCCUCCCCCCCCCCCCUUUUGGGGGGGGGACAGCACCGCCGCGGCUGGGGGGAGGGGGCAUCCGCGCUGGCCUCGCCCGAGCGCCCCCCUUUGGGUGCCCCGGGGGAUGGCACUGCUGGCGGCCGAGCCCCCGGGGGCGCUGCUCGAGGAGCAGGUGGCUGAGACCCAGCAGCUGCUCGGCUCGCUCAUCCAGCGGCCCCCGCUCACGCAGCAGCGUCUGGCCCGGCCGCCAGUCAAGUACCUCCGCGACAUCUUCGUCGAGGUCGCCGCGGCGACGGGCUGCGGCGCCGGCGUGUUCAGCAAGGAGGAGCUGGAGUUCUCCCUCGCCUCGCAGCUUGCGAAGCUGGCCUUCCUGUCCGCGCUGGUGAGCUUCGUGGCCACGGCGAGCGGCGAGCCCGCGCUCCAGGACGUGGGCCCCGAGGGCCUGCUGAGCGGCACGGACCCGGGGGCGGCGCACCUGGUCUUUCGCGGGCUGCACCGCGCUGCGACCGCCGAAGCCUGCCGGGGGCUGUGGCCGGCCGCCGCGCAGGCGCGGGCGCGAGCUACUCGAUCGGCGUCUUGGCG